AUGGCUCUGAAGUUUGCGCUCGUUGUGGCCUUUUGCGUUUCUGCUCUUUCCAUGACUAUUCCAAGAGAAUCGCUGACUGGAAAAGCUCUUACCGAGUUCAUCAAUGCCAACCAAAAGCUCUGGAAAGCUGAAAUUCCGGAAUUUUCGAUUGAACAGGUCAAAUCGAAACUCAUGAAAUCGAAAAUCUACUACCAAGCUCAUGAUGACAGCAUUGUCCAGGAGAUUCCAGUAAGAGCCGACCUCCCGGAUUCCUUUGAUGCUCGUAAGCAAUGGCCAAACUGUGUUUCCAUCAAUAACAUCAGAGAUCAGUCUGACUGUGGAUCCUGCUGGGCUUUUGCCGCCGCCGAGGCUAUUUCCGAUCGUACUUGCAUUGCCUCGAAGGGGGCCGUCAACACCUUGAUCUCCGCUGAAGACUUGCUCUCAUGCUGCUCAAGCUGUGGAUAUGGAUGUGACGGAGGAUAUCCAAUUCAAGCUUGGAAAUACUGGACGAAGACCGGACUCGUCACCGGAGGAUCGUACGAAUCGCAAUUCGGAUGCAAGCCGUACUCGUUGGCCCCAUGCUCUGAAACCGUCGGAAACGUGACCUGGCCUGACUGCCCAGAAGACGGAUACAGCACUCCAAAGUGUGUGAAGAAGUGCACUUCGAAGAACAACUACCCAAUUAGUUUCAAUGACGACAAACACUUCGGGCAAUCCGCCUAUGCUGUUGGCAAGAAGGUCGGACAAAUCCAGACUGAAAUCCUCACAAACGGACCAGUUGAAGCUGCAUUCACCGUUUACGAAGACUUCUACCAAUACAAGAGCGGAAUCUACGUUCAUACCGGAGGAGAAGAACUCGGAGGGCAUGCGAUCAAGAUUCUUGGAUGGGGAACUGAAAACGGAACUCCAUACUGGCUCGUUGCCAACUCAUGGAACGUCAACUGGGGAGAGAAUGGUUACUUCCGUAUUAUCCGCGGAACCAACGAGUGUGGAAUUGAGCACGCUGUUGUUGCCGGUAUUCCAAAAGUUUAG